CCCAUCGUUUUCGCUUCCUGGACCGUUUUCUAAAUACUGCCUGUUUCUCAGAUGCUGGUCUCUGAAUUUCCCCCACUGUUUUGUCAGUAACAUCCCUCUCGUUCACCUCUUCUCCCGAACUCUGUAAACCGCCCAACAACUCUUUCCUCCUGAUACGUUCACCUUCUCGUUUUACCUUUCUCCUGACCCGAGAGUCUCCCCGGUUGAAUUCUCCUGGGUCGGGAGAACGUAAUUCUGUGCUGAGGCUGCGCGCCCUGGGAAGGACUCGGACCCCAUCCACCUCUUCACUUUAGUGCUGGGAGAACCAGUGCAAAGACCACUGAUGGGGAAGUCUGCCAGUUCUCGGCUGUGUGACCAACCCUGAGUCCACCUCACUGUUUUGAAUUCAUUUAUGAGACAGAGGACCAAAGAAGAAAAGUGAUCUUCCCAAAGUCACAGAAUAUUGGUGAAUCAGGUCAAGAACACAGGAUUGUAACUGCAAAGUCCAGGGAGAGAUUUUUAUAUAUUCUCAUAGGAAAGAGAUCGAGGAUCUUUACAACUCUUGCUGGAAAAUGCCCAAAGUCAAAAGAAGCCGGAAAGCUCCUCCAGAUGGUUGGGAAUUGAUCGAACCAACACUGGAUGAACUAGAUCAAAAGAUGAGGGAAGCUGAAACUGAACCCCAUGAGGGAAAGAGAAAAGUGGAAUCUCUGUGGCCUAUUUUCAGAAUCCAUCACCAGAAAACGCGAUAUAUAUUUGACCUGUUUUAUAAGCGGAAAGCCAUUAGUAGAGAACUCUAUGAAUACUGCAUUAAAGAAGGCUAUGCAGACAAAAACCUAAUUGCCAAGUGGAAAAAGCAGGGCUACGAGAAUUUAUGCUGCCUACGCUGCAUUCAGACCAGGGACACCAACUUUGGGACGAACUGCAUUUGCCGGGUUCCGAAAAGCAAGCUGGAAGUGGGUCGCAUCAUCGAGUGCACGCACUGCGGCUGCAGAGGUUGCUCUGGCUGACACCCAUGACUCUGCUCUAUUCUGGACUUUGGACUUUGUUGGUUCCUACCUGCUGGGCCACCCCCUUCUGGAGCAGCUCUUCUCAGAGUGGUGCCCAGAGAAGAGACCCAGAGGGAACAUGGGCUCUAGAGGUGAAGGCUUUCCAAUCCCUGAAAUCUGUAAAAAUAAAAC